AUGUCGAUGCUGGGUUUGACCUCAGUCCACUCACACACGGAAAUUGGUCCAGUUAGACGAAAAAGUAUUUUAAUAAAUGCCGUAGGCCAUGAUAAUGAAUCAGAUCAUGGUUCACAGUGCAGUUAUGACAACAGACCUUAUAGAAUUUCAGCAUUAGAUAAUCUGCAUGCUAAAAUUUCACAACAACAACAGUUGUCCGCCAACACGAACAGUAUCGAAGAAUCCUGGUUAUACACGUUCUGUUUCAAAUGUCGUGGCGAAGAAAAUACACCAUCCUGGGAACCACCACACUGGCAAAAAAUGUGUCCCUAUCCCUUAUGUCCAUCUUUUAGACAAUUUGCCCGCAUUCUUGUACUCAUCUUGAUAGGUGUGCUAUUAUGGAUAACAGCAUAUGUAAUUAUAGGAGAAUCUGCUGCCCCUGGUGGUCAGCUGUUCGGUUUGGUAGUUUUGACAGUGGCGGCUAAUUUUGGAGGAUAUUUGAUAUCGCUAACAACGUUGCCGCGUUUGAUUGGUAUGUUGCUGGUCGGCAUAUUAUUUCAGAAUGUUGGCUGGACCAAUUUAGAAGGAGAUUUUUCAAUAGUUACUGCACAUUUGCGUAAAUUUGCAUUAACUAUUAUUUUAAUUCGAGCUGGUCUCGAAAUGGAACCUGACGCUUUUAAAAAGGUCUACAAGACCAUCCUGAAGUUGGGUAUUAUUCCUUGGAUUUUGGAAUGUUGUGUUGUUGGUCUUACCACCCAUUUCUUACUCGAUUUACCCUGGGUAUGGGCUUUCCUUUUGGGCUCUAUUAUUGCCGCCGUCUCUCCCGCUGUGGUGGUACCUUCUCUCUUCCGUUUGCGUACUAAAGGCUAUGGUGUAGCCAAGGGUAUUCCCACUUUAAUUAUUGCUGUUGCCGGUAUUGAUGAUGCCUUGUCUGUGGCCAUUUUCGGUAUUAUUAGCAGUGUUAUGUUUUCGGAUCGUGGUCUUGGUUAUCAAAUAUCUCAGGCGCCCGUUUGUAUUAUUGGUGGUUUAGCUUUUGGUGUAAUUUGGGGUUAUAUUGCAAGAUUUUUCCCCGAAAAGGGUGAUGCCUAUGUUGUACCUCUACGUACUAUUAUGUUGUUUUCCGGUGGUUUGGUGGCUAUUUAUGGCAGUGAAGAAAUCGGUUAUGAAGGUGCUGGUCCCUUGGCUGCCGUAUUUUCUGCUUUCGUUUCGAAUCUAUUUUGGUGUAAACAAGGUUGGGAAGUUGAAGAUAAUCCAGUGGCUACAGCUUUUGAAAUAUUCUGGAUGAUUUUCGAGCCCAUUCUAUUUGGUAUUACUGGUGCUACUAUUAAGAUUUCUGAACUUGAUCCCGAUAUUGUUUCCGUGGGCAUUGGUUGUAUUGCAAUCGGUGUUGUCUUGCGUAUUCUCUGUACUGCUGGCAUUGCUUUCGGCGAUAAGCUGAAUAUGAAAGAGAAAUUCUUUGUUGCACUCUCUUGGAUGUCAAAGGCAACCGUGCAGGCUGCCUUAGGACCCGUAGCCAUGAAACAUUUGGCUGCCGAUGCUCCUGAAACCGACAAACACUAUGCAUAUGUAGUGCAAACCAUUGCUGUUUUAUCUAUUGUACUAACUGCUCCCUUGGGAGCCAUUUUGAUUUCCGUGACCGGUACUAAACUCUUAACGAAAACUAAACAACCUCAAGUUAUAGAAGGUUGGCGCCGUAGUCACCGUCCCUCUAUACGUGAUAUUAGUAUCAUCGAUGAGGAGGAAGAACGUGAAGAUCCUGAAAUGCCUGAAGAUAAGGAGACAGCUGAUAAUACACAAAGCAAUGCUCAUAUACCACCAACUCUAACCUACACCUAUAAUAAUAAGUAAUUUUAAACGGUUUUCGUUUCCUUUUCCAAAUUAAUUAAAUUUGUUUAUUUGGUUCAAAUUAUUUUCUUCUAUGCUGUUGAUUUUUUUUGUUAAGUGUUUAAUUAUUUAAGAUUUAAUUAUAGAACAAAAUGUAUAUGAGCGAAAAACGAGAAAUUAUGGUAAAAAAUUCGAGUAUUUUUACAAUCGAUUAAUAGAUUUUCCCAAUGACAUUCCACAAAAACAAGAGAGUAUAAAUAGCCCAUGUAUUGUUGUUUAGUAAUGUUUAAGUUUGAAUGUUAAUUUAAUGUAAAUAUAAAUAAAUUAAAAAAAAAUUAAUAUAAAUAAAAAUAAACUUA